AGUAGCACUUCAGUUCUUGGCGUUACACUAAAGAAGAAACUUCUUCAAGACUGCACUGCACAUAGAUAUGAAUAUUUAGAAACCGUAUUUGAAAGGUUUAACAAUUCCGGUUUUGGUUCUAUUCGUGUUUUCUAUGUGGCAGAAAAUGACAGCUCUUUGCCUUUUCCAACAUGUAACGUUAGGCUAAGGAAAUGUUAGCUGCCCAGUGCGAGCGAUUUGUUUACAGUUAAUCUAUUUUGUUCUAUUUAGCCAGCAUUAGUGGGUAACUUAUAUGCAUUUACAUUUAGCACAUGUAGGUAAACGUAGGUUAAAUCUGGAUAACUCAUAGUAAAUAAAAUGUCCAAGAAAGCUGAAUCUAAACUUUAAUCGAUCAGUAGUUUUACUAGUAACGUUAAGUCUGAGUUUUCUCAUUGUUUGUUCAAGUGGGGAUUAUGAAGUUGCCAAGCUGUUCGUCGUUUAGAUUCUGGGGUUUCUUUAUUUUCUGUAGUCUGUUAGUUAACGUUAGCGAAAAUGCAAAAAUCCGCCACCCUGGAGAUGACGACGCAUGGAUCGAUCCAUAUGACAUGAUCAACUACGACCCAACAACAAAGCGCAUGAGAAAACCCACAGAGUCUGACAGUUACCAGAAUGUGCCAACCAAGAGACGGGAAUUCAGCUCAGAGUCCUGUGAUGUGCCACUGUCUGAUGCCUCUGAGUGCAUCAAUAAACUACAGAUUUUACAGAAACAGUUUGAUGAACACAAAAAGGGGACCGCCACCUCUUCAAAACCAGUAUGUCUUCCAGUAUUCAAGCGGUUCCUCUCCAAGCUCCUUAAAGAAACUUCAAAACUUGGCCUGCCUGAUGAUGUAAAAACAGCCAUGCACUAUGACGCCAUGGUGAAGCUGUCCAAGCAAUCGCUGGCAGAGAUCCAGAAGCUUUUGAACGAAGAGAACGACUGGACCACUGGAGCCAUGGAUGAGGCGCUCAGUCAAAUUCUGGUCAAAUUCAAACUCCACAAUCAUGAAGCCUGGAAAUGGCGUUUCGAAGACACGUUUUAUGUAGAUGCUGAUACAGUCCUGAGGGUUUCUCUGAUUGUUCUGAUUGUCGUAGCCGUUAUCGGGACUGAACUCUGGUCUGUGGUGUCCUGGUUGGUCCAAUUCAGGAGAAUGUUUUCUGUUUGCUUUUUUAUUAGCUUGAUCUGGAACUGGUUCCAUCUUUAUAUGGUUGCCUUUGCAGAUCACAAGAAGAACAUUGUGGAAUUGGAGAGCUUCAAUGGCAAAUGUACAGGGGUGAAGGAACUGGAUUGGAAGGACAGUUUAUCAGAGUGGUACAGACGGACAUGGACUCUUCAAGAUGAUCCUUGCAAAAAAUAUUACGAGGUCCUACUUGUGAACCCCAUUUUGCUUGUGCCUCCAACAAAGGCUAUCACGGUAACCAUAACCAGCUUCAUCACAGAUCCCUUGAAGCAAAUUGGGGAAGGCAUCAGUGAGUUCCUGAGAGCACUGUUGAAGGAUCUACCAGUCACUCUCCAGAUACCUGUGCUGCUUACUAUUGCAUUAGCCAUCUUUGUGUUUAUGUAUGGAAGUGCUCAGGCAGCUAUGCAUCAAGCAGUACGCCUGCCCCGGGUGGGCUGGAGAGGGGAGCCGCCACCUCCUGCAGUAGGACAGCGCCAAGCUCCUCAACUAAGGGAGCAUGGGGACGUCUGGGAAGGGGGUGACGCCCCUCAGCCACUACAAAUACGCCAGGGCAAUGGAAACAGGGUGAAUCAAGCAGGAAACCAACUAAAUAGACUGGACGACAGAAGCAUGGAGCUCCGACAGGAUUUUUCUGGCUCACCCAGAGUGUCCCAGAGGGUCCGAGUAGAGACUGUACGUGCUGCAGGUAACGCAUCCAGGGAUGAUGAGACUGAUUUUCAGCAGCGGACACAGGUGGUGGACCCUAGUACAAUAGAAAAUGCAGAGCCUGAAGUCAAAGUUGAGGAAAAGGAGAAAGAUCUAGUGGUAGACCUACCAUCUACCGUGGAUAAAAAAGAGCAGAAAGACGCACAGAGUCCAGAUGGAAGUGAGCCUGUAACCAAUGUGCCUUCUCCUCAGAUUGAUGUGAAAACACUUGGUGCUAAUCAAGGGAAUGAGCACUUUAUGUGCACUAAAAGGAUAUGGGCUGCUCGAAACGACCUCAAGCUGCAGGGGGCAUCGGCAGAUGUUGCAGCUGGAGAGGAAGGUUAUUCAAGCUUUAGGAAACCAGUCCAAGAAUCAGGACAAUGAAAGGAUUUUUUUUUUUUUUUACAUUUUUUGAUAAAUAAAUGAUAAAUAGGAACAAUCCUAAAAAAAUGGUUGGUUUUUGCCAACAAUAAGCUGCCUCUUAUUUUGAUCCCAGUAACAUCACUGCUUUUAGACUGACAUCUACUGGCCAGGAUGUGUAAUCUGCUCACUAUCUGCUGCCUCUUUACACAAAAUGAUGUAUUGUUUUACUGUAUUUCUCCACCUCAUCCAUUCAUAAUGAACAAUCUUGGAUUAAAUCUCAAUGAUUAUUUUUA